ACAAGAAUAAAGUUGAACAACUCACUCGCUCUCGUUCACUGCCCCAGAGAGGACUGCUCAAAGCCGCGGCAGCCUGGGAACCCGGCUUGGCCAGACCACGGAGACCACUGCUAGACAAGCGCAACUGAGAUGGCUUACGCACUUCUUCUUUCUGUUGUUUUGCUACAUUUUCUCCAACAAGGGAUCACGAGCAAGAAAUUACCUGGAGUUGAGCAGUAUGAGAUAGUUUAUGCACGGAAACUGCACACAGUACAUAAAAGAGAUGUAGAAAGAAACAAUGAGACAAAAUACGAUGACACAAUGGAGUAUGGAAUCAAAGCCAAUGGAGAGGAAGUCAUACUGCACCUACAAAAAAAUAAGCACCUAUUAGCUAGCGACUACACUGAAACAGUUUAUUCUGAUGACGGUCGACAAAUAACAACAAGUCCUCACAUCAAGGAUCACUGUUACUAUCAAGGUUACGUUCGGAAUGAUGCUGAUUCCACAGCAAGCAUCAGCACCUGCAGUGGUUUACGUGGAUAUUUUGAGACCCGUGGUCAGAAGUACCUUAUUGAACCCUUGGGAACUUCAGAUAGAGACGAACAUGCGGUCUAUAAGUAUGAGAAACUCGAACAAAAGUCCAUAAAAACCUGUGGUGUUAUCAAUAAUACCUGGGAAGAGGAUACAGACGACCCCUUAAAUGACAUCUUCAGAUCCAGCAACAGUCCAGAAAUAAAGGCAUACCUGAAAGCAAAAAAGUAUCUGGAACUUUACGUAGUUGCAGACAAUGCUUUGUAUAAGAAGUAUAAGGAAGAUGUUAAAACUGUAAGACAAAGGAUAUUUGGAAUGGUCAAUUACAUCAACACGGUUUAUAAGGCCAUAAAUAUCUACGUGGCUUUAAUUGGCCUCGAAAUCUGGACAGAUGGUGAUAAAUGCCUCCUGAGUCAUGCUGCGGGAUUCACCCUGGACAGUUUCUCAAAGUGGCGUGUAUCUGAUUUAUUAAAGAGGAAGAGAAAUGACAAUGCUCAGCUAAUCACAGGCUACGACUUUGAGGGGUCGACGAUUGGAUUAGCCUUUCUAAAAUCCAUAUGCAGUGAUGUAUAUUCUGCAGGUAUUAUUGAGGACCAUAACAGAAACGAAAUUGCAGUUGCAGCCACCAUGGCGCAUGAGAUGGGACACAACCUCGGCAUGAGCCAUGACACCAAAGCCUGCGCAUGCAGUGGUAAAGUUUGCAUCAUGACAGACACUGUCAGUUCUAUCAUCCCCGAGAAAUUCAGCUCUUGCAGCCUCCAAAGUUUCGAGAAGUACAUGCUGAGCGACAUGCCAAAAUGCUUAACAAACAUCCCAGACAUAAACAGCAUCGUAGCUCCUCCAUCCUGUGGAAAUGGCUUUGUGGAAAAAGGAGAGGAAUGCGACUGUGGUACUCCUGAGGAGUGCACAAACGACUGCUGCGACCCCCAGACGUGCAAACUGACGGCAGGUUCCAUGUGCGCACACGGAGAGUGCUGUGAAAACUGCCAAUAUAAAAAACCAGGAGCUAUUUGCCGAGCCGUUAAGCACGACUGUGACCUGGCCGAGAUGUGCACCGGCUUAUCUGCACAUUGCCCAGCGGAUCGAUUCCGUAUGAACGGACAUCCCUGCAACUACGGCGAAGGCUAUUGCUACAUGGGAAGUUGUCCCACCCGAGCAAAGCAGUGCAAAGCUGCUUUUGGACCUCAGGCUACUGAGAGUGCAGCUUCCUGUUACCGGAUGAACGAGAAAGGGGUGUAUUAUGGAUACUGCAGACGAGACAGAGGUAGUCACGUCCCGUGUAAAAAAAAAGACAUAAUGUGCGGGAAGUUGUUCUGUACUGGGGGGAACGAGAUGCCUCGGGAUGGGAGCCUGGUGGCUUUUCAGUCUUGCAAAGCAAGCUUUCCUAGAAAUGGAGAAGCAGACCCAGGGAUGAUUCUUGAUGGAACAAAGUGCGGGAAUGGGAUGGUGUGCAUCAGUGGAGAAUGUGUUUAUGCUGAACAUGUCUUUAGAUCAACCAACUGCUCUGCCAAGUGUACUGGACAUGCUGUGUGUGACCACGAGUUGCAAUGCCAGUGUGAAGAAGGAUGGGCACCACCAACCUGUGGCAGCUCAACAGCAGUUACCAGCUUCGCUAUUGUUGCCGGAGUGCUGGUUGUCCUCGCUGUCACAGCAGCUGCAGCAGUGUUACUUAUCCGCUUCCGAGUAUUCAAGAAGAGCUGCCAGACCAGAAGGGGACCUGGAGCCACAAACCAAGUCUUUGUGGAUCAAGAACAAAGGCACAGAGAACACCACGGCCUGGCUGGACCUGACCAGAAGCUGAAUGACAAGAAACUUCUCCUUCCCGUGCCUCCACCGCAGGAGAACAAACCACAGCUCCAGAGCCCUGUUGUAAGGCCAAAAGGUCCCCCACCUCCUGUUCCUGCCACCAAACCAGCCUCCUCUCACACAGAACAGAUUUUUGCACCAGAGAGAAAACCUGCUCAUCUCCCAGUUCCCAAAGGCAGACCUCCACCUCCACCAAAGGCUUUAAAACCUCCGGUUAAUCCCAGAGUGUGAAGCUUCUGAAGAAGGGCUGAUCAAGAUACCUGAAAUUUUCAGGGACAAUUUGUUUGUCCCCUGAUUCCUCCACUUUUGGCAAAGGCAACCAAGAUAGUCUUCCUGUUCUCUUUAAAAAAAGAACAACUGAUUGACAGCUGCUUUAAAAGAAAAAGGCUGGAUUUCAAACAGCGAGGAACUCUUCGGUGAUGACAUCAAGCUACUGUCCAAAAGGAAACGAAGCAGAAUCGCUACUUGCACUGAGGUGUAGACCAGGAGUAAGUGAUGAAGGCUGCUUAACACAUCCUAACUCCGAGGCCACUGCUGAAGGAUGUGGCCGCACUGGGAUGCCCUGCAUCUAUACCGCUUUUCUGGGUACAGACCUGAGAAGAUCAGGGAAAGUAUGGCUACUGUAUAUUUGUAAAUUGUAAACUUUUUCUACAUUCGUGGCUCUUUGCCAGCCCUCUCUUCAGCAACAGACCAGAUCUCCUCCUUCAUGUGCAAGCUGCAAGUUCUGGAAAAAGAAAAAAAACCUUCCUGCCCUUUGGAGCAAAGUUUGUGUCCUCAAGGCCUGAACUAGCCUUGGAAUAAUCAGAUCACACACUGGAAAUGCAUCAAUUCUGGAAAGAUCCUUCUGGAUCAGACCCUGUCAUUAAUCCUUAGAUUACCUGCUAAACAAGAUUCCUCUGUUGAGUAGGUAGAACUGGAGAUACGCUCAAAAGCAAAGCACACAGGAGUCAAACCACUUGCUGCUUGCAAGCGCUCCCAGAGCUCUGGCUGUGCCAGUUUAGGAGAGCUCCAGCUGCCAUCAUUGCCCUCAGACAGAAAAAUUUAGAAAAGCACAGUCAACAAAAUCCUUAAUCAUUUAUUUCAUUUGCCCCUCAGCUCCAGAAAUAAUCCGAGUCUUUCUCCCUUCCAGGAUAUACACACCUUGGUGUUUUCAUUUAAUUGCUCUUGCACCGGGGCGUGUUAUUGUAAAGUUGCUAAUGAGAACUAGGCUGGGCACAGGGGUUUGUUAUUGUGGGACAGCAUCGCAGCGUGAGGCUUAGCACGCGGGUUUACUACUGAGGGGUUCUUCAUUCGUUCUGGCCUGCUGGCAUCAGUGUUGUUGACACUAUCGGCCUGCUGGCGUAGAUCUGCAUGAUACUGUUGGCAUUGAUGUUAAUGAUACUGUGAGGGUGCUGGCACUGAUGCUAUUGUUAGCGUUGGCACCGAUAUUGUUCAUGCGAUCAGCAUUAAUAUUUUAAGCUAAAGCACACAGAAGUGUUUUUCAAGGAACAAAAAUUUUACCAGAAAAAAAAAAAAGGAAAAAGGAAAAAAGAGAAACAAAAUCGUCCUGAACCCAAAGUACUCAAGAUUUUAUAGAGGUUCCAGUUUGAACUGGAUUUGAGUUUGGACCAGGAUCAAAAUUAGAACACAGAUCCAAACCGAUUACGCUGUGACUCAGGAAGGCAGUUUCCAGCCCUUGGGCACAGUGGCUUUGCUCAAGAAGACCACAUGGCUGCCAAACUACCAAAACAAGCUCUGGGGCCUCGGGCCAGCGUUGUGCGUACUAACCUCUACCUGUACUUGGUGCUGGCCAGGGCCUGUUUAGAACUUUUUUGAAAAGCCCAACCCUCAGAGGGCCUGAAACCUUCUACUCAGGCUCACGAACCAGCUCACACUUACUGAAAUCCUGGUCCACGUAAUCUUGUUCGGAUACUGAACACAUAACUGCACAGUUACUUUUCAAACGCGGAGCCUUGUCAUUUACAGUGACCGUUACUGCAGCUGCGUGCUGCAGAUCCAUCAUCUCCCAUACAGAAAUGCAUAUUAAAAAACCCCAAUUUCUUCUUUUGGCCUAGGUUUGCUUUGAGGUUGCCAAUCGAGUACUGUACGCUCUGCAAAACACAGAUGUGAUGUAAUUACAGUCUUCAGUUUGAGGAGUGAGGUGGGUUUUUUGUUUUAGGAGAGAUUUUAUUGGAAGAGCAUAGCUUUCUUCCACUUUGGAUAAUUACUUCUUUAUUUGAGCCAGUGUCGGGAUUUAACCCCAGCCAGUGACUGAGCCCCCCGCGGCCGUUUGCUCACUCCCCACAGUGGGAUGGGGGAGAGAAUUGGAAGGGUAAAAGUAAGAAAACUUGUGGGCUGAGAUAAGAACAGUUUAGUAAUUGAAGUAAAAUAAAAUAGUAGUAAUAAUAAUAGAAUAUACAGAGCAAGUGAUGUACGAUGCAAUUGCUCCCCACCCCUCCAGCUGAUGCCCAGCCAGUCCCCAAGCACUUGCCCCCCAACCAGCUUUCCCCCAGCUCUAUGCGCUGAGCAUGACCCAUGCGGUGUGGGACAUCCCUGGGGCCAGUUGGGGUCACUGUCCCGGCCGUGCCCCCCCAGCCCCUCGCUGGUGGGGUGGGGUGAGGGGCAGAAGAGGCCUUGGCUUUGUGCAUGAAACCAUCCCUGGGUUAUCAGCACUGCUUCCAGCACCAAUCCAAACACAGCCCCGCACCAGCUACUGUGAUAAAAUUAACUCUCUCCCAGCCAAAACCAGUACAGCCAGAAAUGUAUUUUAAUCUAUCUGUAUUUGAUUAUGGUGCAAAGAUUCAGAAAUUAUUUUUUAUGAACUGUAAUUAACAUAUUUACAAAUAUUUCUAUAUUAGAAGUGUUCUGUUUAAACUGGAA